AUGGACUAUGUUGCCUGGUCUAACAAACAGGCAUCCUAUCAGGGCGGGGACUGGAGGUACAAGUCACGGCGCCAUCUGCGGGUGGUCACCCUGGUGGAGCACCCCUUCGUCUUCACCCGGGAGGUGGAUGAGGACGGUCUUUGUCCCGCUGGUCAGCUCUGCCUGGACCCCCUCACCAACAACACAGCCCUGCUCCAGUCCCUCUUCCUCCAGAUGCGGGGGCCAAACGACAGCAUUCCCACGGAGUAUAAGAAGUGUUGCUAUGGCUACUGCAUCGAUCUACUGGAGAAACUAGCGGAGGACAUGGGGUUCGACUUUGACCUGUAUAUUGUAGGCGACGGCAAGUACGGUGGGUUUAAGAACAGGCGCUGGACAGGGCUGGUGGGAGAUCUUCUCAGCGGAGCGGCCCACUUGGCGGUCACAUCCUUCAGUAUAAACUCGGCCCGGAGCAGGGUUAUAGACUUCACCUCCCCGUUCUUCUCCACCUCUCUGGGCAUCCUGGUACGGACCCGGGACACGGCCGCGCCCAUCGGAGCCUUCAUGUGGCCCCUGCACUGGUCCAUGUGGCUGGGGAUAUUCGUCUCGCUACAUGUUACUGCCGUAUUCCUGACCAUCUACGAGUGGAACAGCCCGUUUGGGAUGACGCCACGAGGCAGGAACAGAGAUAAGGUGUUCUCCUUCUCCUCGGCUCUGAACGUCUGCUAUGCCAUCCUGUUUGGCCGUACAGCUGCCAUUAAACCUCCUAAGUGCUGGACGGGGCGGUUCCUCAUGAAUCUCUGGGCUAUCUUCUGCCUGUUCUGUCUGUCCACCUACACAGCCAAUCUGGCCGCCGUUAUGGUGGGGGAGAAGACCUUCCAGCAACUCUCAGGAAUACACGAUCCAAAGCUUCAUCACCCAUCACAGGGGUUCCGCUUCGCCACGGUCCGGGAGAGCAGUGCCGAGGAUUACCUGAAGAAAAGCUUUCCGGAGAUGCAUGAAUACAUGAGACGGUACAACGUACCAGCAACCCCAGAUGGAAUAGAACAUCUGAAGCACGAUCCUCAGCAACUGGAUGCUUUCAUCAUGGACAAGGCCUUACUCGACCACGAGGUGUCUAUCGAUGCAGAAUGCAAGACACUCACCGUGGGGAAACCAUUUGCAAUUGAAGGUUACGGCAUCGGCCUGCGUCAGAACUCUCCCCUGACCUCUAACAUCUCAGAGCUGGUGAGCCAGUACAAGUCAGACGGCUUCAUAGACAUGCUGCAUGAUAAGUGGUACAAGGUGGUGCCCUGUGGGAAACGGAGCUUCGCAGUCACAGAGACCCUACAGAUGGGCAUUAAGCAUUUCUCAGGCCUGUUCUUGAUGCUGUGUGUCGGGUUGGUUCUGUCUCUCCUCACCACCCUGGCUGAACACAUCAUCUACCGCUUUGUCAUACCCAGAGUCAAGGACCCCAAGUUCAAGUACUGGCUGCAUACUAGUCAGAGGUUACAUCGAGCAAUGAACUCAUCUUUCAAUGACGAUAAACUGCAGACCGUAGCCAAGCCAGAAGAAAGGUGCAUCAUGGGUAACAACCAACAACAACUGCAGCCAUGUGUACCAUGGAACAGCUCCAACUGCAACAGGAGGAGGAUCCCACCUCAGGAGUCCCUGCUUAACGUUCUGGAGUCUCCCCCCUGUGAUUGCUCUCCUCCACCUCAGGAGUCCCUGCUUAACGUUCUGGAGUCUCCCCCCUGUGAUUGCUCUCCUCCACCUCAGGAGUCCCUGCUUAACGUUCUGGAGUCUCCCCCCUGUGAUUGCUCUCCUCCUCCUCCUCCUCAGGAGUCCCAUCUAAAUAUUCUGGAGUCUCCCCCCUGCGAUUGCUCUCCUCCUCCUCCCUCAGCCCUUUCACCUCCUUCAUCUCCUCCUUCUCAGGUGAAGAGCCUGGUCCCCCAGCAGGCAACCUCUAACGGGAGGACAGACCUGGUCCAGGUGGGUCUGCAGACCAGGACCAACCCCAUGCUGCAGGAGCUGUCAGAGCUGGAGACACACAUCACCAUCAUCAAACAGCAACUGCACAUCGCCAUGACGAAGAAGAGGGAGCUGGAGCAGUAUCAGCAGACACACAACAUGACAGAGAAGAGGACUGCUGAGUCCGAGAGCAGCACAGAGGACCAGCAGGAGGACAACCAGCCUGAGACCCAGAGACCAGCCAGACUCACCCAAAACCCAGAGCCCCCUACCCAGACACCCAGACCCAUGUACCCAAACCCAGAGCCCUAUGCCCAGACACCCAAACCCAGCGCCCUCCACCAAGACACCCAGACCCAGAGCCAGAGCCCUCUACCCAGACACCCAGACACUCAAACCCAGAGCCCUCUACCCAGAGCUCUCUACCCAGACCCAGAGCCCUCUACCCAGACACCCAAACCCAGAGUCCUGUUCCCAAACCCAACACCCUCUACCCAGACACCCAAACCCAGAGCCCUCUACCCAGACACCCAGACCCCUGUACCCAGACCCAGAGCCCUGUACCCAGACAAUCAGACCCAGAGCCCUGUACCCAGACAAUCAGACCCAGAGCCCUGUACCCAGACAAUCAGACCCAGAGCCCUGUACCCAGACAAUCAGACCCAGAGCCCUGUACCCAGACAAUCAGACCUAGAGCCCUGUACCCAGACAAUCAGACCUAGAGCCCUGUACCCAGACAAUCAGCCCUAG